UUCUAUACAACAUUUGUGCUAGUGCUGUAAUUAUUUAAUUAAAUUAUUAUUCAUAUUCACUGUGGUUAUAUUGACUUGGGAAUUAAAAAAAAUGUUAAUAUGUAAAUAAUACAGAAAGCAUAGGUACUGUACACCUAGAAAGGAAGGAAUAUAUAAGUUAAUAAUGGGCAUAAAGCAUUUGUGGACAAUUUUGACACCAUUCUGUGAAAGAAAGCCAUUAUACGAAUUGCAGCGUAAGACUGUUGCUGUAGAUUUAUCCUGUUGGAUAUGCGAAGCCCAAAAUGUAGCUGAAUACCAAGUACAACCUCGCAUGUAUUUGAGAAACCUAUACUUCAGAACAUGCUACCUUUUGUUGAUGGAAGUAAAUCCGGUGUUCGUCUUAGAGGGAAAAGCUCCUGAGCUGAAAUAUCAAACUAUUGCGGCAAGAAAUGAUAUUCAAUUUAAGGGAGCAAAACCUAAAACGGGUGGAGUUAAGACAGGAAAGGAUAGAACCAGGUUUCAUUUCGUUCUAAAACAGUGUGAGGAAAUGCUGAACUACAUGGGACUAGUGUGUAUAAAGGGAAAAGGUGAAGCGGAAAGCUUAUGUGCCUAUUUAAAUGUCGAAGGGUUAGUUGAUGGUAUAAUCUCUCAAGAUUCCGACUGCUUUGCCUACGGUGCAAAAGUCGUAUACAGAAACUUUUCCAUUUCAACUCAAGGGGGUUAUGCUUCCAGCGGAGGAGCUGUCGAUAUAUACGAUAUUACCAAGGCUUACAAAAGCUUAAAUUUUGGGCGUAAUAAAAUAAUUGCAAUGGCUUUGCUCUGUGGUAGUGACUACAGUGAAGGAGUUUUGGGGGUCGGAAAGGAGUCUGUGAUGAAAUUAUUUGAAAAAUUGUCCGACGAAGAAACCUUAGACAGAUUGAGGUCUUGGAGACUGAAUUCAGAUAUGUAUGAGGAAUUUGAGAACAAGAUUUCUGAUAAAAAUAUGUGCACUUCUUGUGGGCAUAAUGGAAAACUUCACAGGCAUACAAAAAAUGGCUGUAAUUCCUGCGGUACUACCAAGGGUUGUGACCCCUUCAAGUUUAAAGAUGAACGAUUAAGUAUAAAGAAUGAAAUAAACAUGCGGAAUAAAGCUUUACAAGAUUCCUCCUUUCCGAAUGAGACUUUGAUCAAAGAAUUUUUGGAAAAAAAAGACAAUGUAUCACAAUUGAAUCUAAAAUGGAAACAACCAAACGUGGUGAAUUUUAUUAGAUUUACAGCAAAGUUUUUGCAAUGGGAGGAGAUUUAUUCAUUUGAAAAAAUCAUACCCAUAUUAACAAGAUGGCAAUGUCUAAAUUACGAGAUAAUUGAGAGGCAAACGGGUAUAAUGGGCAUAUUGUAUCCCGAUCAAAUUAAAAAAACCAGAAAUCCGAAAGGCAUACCGAGCUACGAAAUAAUCUGGUCAGAUCCUGAGGAAUACUUUAAGAACCUAAUUCCGGAGGAGCAACUUAUGCAGCCCAACAUAGAUUUGGAGAAACUGUGGUCAACGGUAGAACCCCAAAAUCUGGUGGAUAAAGCUUACCCAAAGUUAGUCGAGAUUUAUAAACAGUCCAAAAUUAAACCCAAGAAAGUGAGCAAAAGGAAAAAGAAAGACGUAAACAUUGACCAAAUCACGGAUAUGAUGACGAGUACAUCGAUUUCUGAGCCAAAACUUAAGAAGUCGAGAAAGAAAAAAGAGUUGGGAGGUACGAACGAGGAUCCUAAGAAAUCUAAAGCGAAAGUCUCGAAAGCUACGGCUUUGGAUAAUUUCCUUAAAACGGCCGUUGUAAACAGUCAUAAAAUUAAAAGUGAUGCCUUAAAAACUCAAAAAGGUGACAUAUACAAAACAUCAACACCUACAAAACUGAAACAAAGUAUCUCGUUCGAUUUAGACGUAUCAAAGUUUGGAGAUGAAGACGAUUUGGAGGUUUCGGACAUUAUAGAAGAUAUUAUUUCGAAAAAACCCAAAUACAUCGAAGAGAACAUCGGAAAAAUCAAAUUGGAUGAGUUUGAGGACGAUGUAAUUAGAGAUGACGUAAAUUCGUCAAGUUUUUUUAUGACAAAUCCAAUUGAGAAUGAUUUGUUUGAAAAGACCUUUAAUGACAAAGACGAAAGUGGAGAUGAUACUGUAGAGUACGACUUAGAUGAAUUUAUAGAUGAAGAUGACGACAAGGAAAAUAAGCCGUCUGAACCCGAAAAGGAAAAAAAUUGUUCAAGCGAGGAGGACGACAGUUUUUGUGAUAAGUAUGUACCGCUGUAUGAACGUUUGAAGAAAAAAUGAGUUUAAAAUAAAAGUCAUUAUUUACAUUUUACAUAUAUAUUCACAAAUUUUUUCCAUAAU